CAAGAGGGCUGCCAUGGCAGCCCCCGCAUCAGGGCCGGAGGCGGGACCGGGACAUCGGGAGGAGCCGUUACCGGGGUGGAGUGUCGGUCUGCGGAGCGCUCGCCGCCGGUAAGGCACCUGGCGCGGGCGAGCCGGGGCCGGGCAGCCCUCUCCGGGCAGCGGGCAGGUCUGUGAUCAGUCUUCCCAUGAACGUAUUAAUGAAGCAGUAGAGACGAAAAUAAGGAGUAUUUCAUCUCUCAUCCCAAAGACUUGUCAUGUCUCAUCAUUACAAUGAAGCCUUUGAAAAUCCAGACUACCACUUGUCAGAGACACUGGAAAUUGAUAGAAGGAGGAAUUCUCAAGAGAAUCUGUUCUCUUACCAAGCCACUUAUGAUUCUUCACUACCCGGUUCCUACAGAGAACACAGUGGAAGAGGGCAGAAUUACCCUCUGGACAUACCAAUGGCCUCCAUGAGACACGGCUCUGAAUACAGUGAAGGUUUACCACGAGUUAAUGUCCUAAGAAGAAGUCCAUACGGAAAUUCCACAGAUAAUCUUUCCUUUGAGCCUGAGUCUGAACUGGCAUACAGCCCACCUUCUACAUUCCAUAGCCCCUAUACCCACAGCAUUUCCAGUGAAUCGGAAGGUAGCUUUAUUCGGAGACGCGACAGAAGACCACAUGAUGAGAUCUUCAUGACUUCUUCCAGUGUGUUUGAAGCAAAUCCAGUGUGGAAAGAAAAGGAAACUUUAGUUGAAAAUCUUGCAAGUAUGUCCACCAGUGAAAGGAUUAAAGCAAUCCAGAAGAUGCCAGAGACCAUGAAAAAAAAGAGAGAGAUCAGGAACAAAGUUCUUGAAGAAAUAACAAAAAAAAAAUCAAGGCAUUGCAGUACUCAACUUUGCUCCUGCACACAGUGUAUGCAGGGAAUAGCAGUGUCAUUUCGGCGACUUGGAAAUAGCUUGUCAGAAUAUUUUCACCUACUGCAGUUACAGCAGAAGACUCUGAAGGUCAUUGGUGCCAAGUUUGGAACAAGUGUUCUUUCUUAUUUUAUUUUCUUGAAGUGGCUGCUAACUUUCAACAUCUUCUCAUUCCUCAUAAACUUCGGUUUCCUCACAAUUCCUCAGUUUCUUGCAGCAGAACCAAAUAACCUUUCAUUCACGGGUCUGGAGCUGCUCACUGGAGCUGGUUAUUUUCAACAAACAGUACUCUACUAUGGCUUUUACACCAAUGCUACAAUCAGUAAAAUAAAGAAUGGUCCAUCUUACAACAUGCAGCUGGCCUAUAUUUUCACUGUUGGAAUAUAUUUUGUCAUCUGUUUUCUUAUCUUGUUGUUCAGCAUGGCAAAGUCCUUCUGCAAGAACUUCAUUAACCCUCAGGCAUUCCCUGGGAAUGCUAGCAAACUUCUCUGCACUUGGGACUUCAAUAUCACGAAUGAAAAAGCUGUGAAGCUGAAACAAAAGAAUCUCAGCACACAAAUAAAGGAAGACCUCUCUGAAGUAAACCGGGAAGUUCUAAGUUUUUCUGUAACAGAGAGAGUUGUUUGCAUUGCUAUUCAUUUUGCUUCGUGGGUCACUUCUCUGGGAACAGCACUAGCUGCUUGUGCUGGUGUUUACUUCCUCUCCACUAAUAACCUGAAGCUAUUUGUGAAAGGGCACAGGAAUGACCUAGAGAGCCAAGCUGCCAUGUUGGUGCUACCUGUUGUCACAUCUGUCCUCAAUGCAUUCAUCCCGUUCUUCUACUCAUGGCUUGGACGUCUGGAAAGAUUUCAGACUCCUGGACAGCAUAUAUAUGUCACUAUUGCCAGAAGUAUCAUCCUGAAAAUAUCAAUUGUUGGAAUUCUGUGCUACUACUGGCUUAACAUUGUGGCUGAAUCAGAGUCACAGUGCUGGGAAACUCUGGUUGGCCAAGAUAUCUAUCGUCUUAUUGUAGUUGACUUCAUGUUUUGUUUGCUUGGCUCUUUCUUUGGAGAGUUUUUACAAAGAAUUAUUGGAACUACAGUUUGUGUGAGCCUGGGGCUGCCAGAGUUUGAUAUAGGACGAAAUGUUUUAGAUUUGAUCUAUGCACAGACUUUGACCUGGAUUGGUAUCCUCUUCUCACCUCUGAUGCCCGGUAUCCAGAUAAUAUCAUUUUCUAUAGUAUUUUGUGUGAAAAAGGUCAGUCUAAUGAUGAAUUGCCAACCCCCUCGCAAAGUCUGGAGAACUGCUCAAAUGACAACAACCUUCAUGUUCCUGCUGUUUUUCCCUUCCUUCCUUGGAGUUCUGUCUGUCAUUGGAGUCACUGUCUGGAGGUUAAAACCUUCAAAUGAAUGUGGUCCUUUCAGAGGUUUGUCUUCUAUGUAUGCUGCAGUCUCCGAGUGGAUAGCAAUACUGGAAAAUUACACUGCCUCAAAAUGGGUAGUGUGGAUCUACCAUAACUUAAUUACAAGUGAAAUUUUCUUCUUCGUCCUAUCCGUUUCUAUCCUAGUUAUUGCUUAUCUUUACUGGCAGAUAAUAGCAGGAAGAAAGAUCAUGAUCAAACACUUACAAAAGCAAAUUAUUAAUGGAGGAAAAGAUAAAGUGUUUUUACUUGAAAAACUACGGGCACUGCAAAUGGCAAAGCAAACCCCACCUGCACCAGGAGGACAAGGCCAGCAGAGAAGCUCUUCUUCAUACCACCCGUCCUGGCAGCCUGCCCAGCAAGUGCCAGGCUACCCAGGAAGGGCAUUUGACAGAAAUCAAAAUGCUUCCUACAACGAGUAUCCCAAUGCUGCUGGGGGGACUGGCUUCCCACAAGGGCUGGAGGGAAACCCACGCAGCAGUGGGUCCUGCAUGUCAGAGGCAGUGGUGAUCGCUCUGCGGGCCAGAGAAGCAGCUCGGUGGGAAUACGAAGAUGAUGACACCUAUCCUUGACUGCGAGCCAGCAGAAUCAAUAAUGAACGUACAGUGAGUGGUGUUCUGCAGAAAGCAGUGAUCGAUUGCACUGUAAGGACUGUGAACCAUUGGCACCUCCUUUUUUACCCUUAAAUAGAAGAAAAAGAUAAGAGAACAAAUAGAAAAAUGCAUUCUGACUGGAGUUUAUUAUUGUGAUGGGGAAUAUCCUGUGUGUUUGGUUUGGUUUUGAAGUAGGGAUACUGUGCUGACAGCCUUCUCCAGGACUGGCUCACACUCUGACACUGUAAAGAUCCCUCCACAGCAGUCACUUGCUCUUGACUAAAGACAGGAAACUUUCCGUUAUUGUAAAUAAAGCUUUGUUCCAAAACUGUUUUUAUAAGUUAUAUUGUUCAAACUGCUUUUAUCUAAUCUAAACCAAAAGCAACGCAUUGGCCAAAUAAAAAUAGAAGGAAAUUAAA